AUGGAACGUUGGAUAGGUCGUGUAGCUUUGGUUACUGGAGCUAGUAGUGGUAUAGGAGCAGCUAUAACUGUAACACUAGCACAGAAAGGAAUGAUAGUGAUUGGAGUGGCUAGAAAUAAAAGACAAAGUAGAGAGAGAGUAGAUGAUGGACACAUUAUUAUUCUCAAUAGUGUCGCAGGACAUAAAGUGAUCCAAGCAGCAUCAAUUCAUUUCUACUGCGCCA